AUGGUGAGGGAUGAUGAGAAGAGGAUGAUGAUGAUGAUGGAGCAAGAGCAAGAAGAGGAAGCUGUGCCUGCAUGGCUAUCGAAGCUUAUGGGAGAGAGAUUCUUCGGAGAGUGUGGGGCCCACCAGAACCUCCGAAAGAACGACAAGAACGUCCUUUGCCUCCGCUGCUGCCUCUCCCUCUGCCCUCACUGCCUCCCUCUCCACCCACACCACCACCCUCUCCUCCAGGUGAGAAGGUAUGUCUACCAUGACGUGGUUCGAUUGGGUGAUCUUGAAAAGCUAAUUGAUUGCUCCAAUAUUCAGCCAUACACGAUUAAUGGGGCGAAAGUGAUAUUCUUGAAUGAGAGGGCACAGUCAAGGUCAUCAUGCAGAGGUGGCACUGGCAACUCUUGCUGCUCUUGUGACAGGAUUCUUCAGGACCCCUUCCACUUCUGUUCUCUCUCAUGCAAGGUUGAUCACAUGGUGUAUGAGGGUGAAAGGUUGUCGAGCAUUUUGCAUCGAUUCGAUGAAUCAGAUUUCUCGUUUUCGCAGUUCGAGGGUCUGAGAGUGGAUAGUAGUUCGGAGCUAGUUGAUGAAGAUAAUACCCAAUUUGCCCCCAAUGGCUCUUGCUCCAACACAGAUGCCACAGCCAGUAAUUCCACCAAGUCCAAGUCCAAUGGCUUCUUCCAUUCUCUCGGUAGCAGGCGAAAAGGUGCUCCUCAUCGGGCUCCUUUCUGCUAGCUACUAC